GAUGCACCGCUGCUGUCACAACAACCACUCUUCGCCAUUUCAGGUUCAGGGGGGCAAAACCUCCCGCGAAGGAAUUAGGUCAACCCAUCGGAGGUGCCAUAUUCUGUCCGUAUUUAUUAAUUGAAAACACAUUUUUACUUCUUUUCUCUCUUCAAACGGCUCGGGGAUUGUUUGCCAAUGAUUGUUAUUUGGUUGUUGCGAACGAGCUUUUCCAGCUUGGGCCCCGGAUGAAGUAGGCUAGCUGAGUGUAAACAUCAAGGAUGAAGCGUAUUAUAGGAGGAGAGGAGGACAGCAACAACUCUUCCAGUAAGAGCCCACCGAGGACUUGCAAGAAGGUGCGGAAGCAGACGAGCGAGGAGGCAGAGGCAGUGGUGGUCAGUGAGUUACCAGGGAGUGAAUGGGCACGACUGCCUCAGGAGCUCCUGCUACACAUCUUUCAGUACCUUCCACUGCUCGAUCGGGCUUAUGCCUCUCAGGUGUGCCGUAGGUGGAACCAGACUUUCCACAUGCCAGAGCUGUGGAGAUACUUUGAGUUUGAGCUUAACCAGCCAGCCAGCUCUUACCUGAAAGCCACACAUCCAGACCUCAUCAAGCAGAUCAUAAAGAGGCACUCCAACCACCUGCAAUAUGUCAGCUUAAAGGUGGACAGCAGUACAGAGUCUGCAGUAGCAGCAUGUGACAUCCUUUCACAGUUGGUGAAUUGCUCACUGAAGACCUUGGGGCUCAUCUCCACAGCCAGGCCCAGUUUCAUGGAGGUUCCAAAGUCUCAUUUUAUCUCCGCUCUGACUGUGGUGUUUCUCAACUCCAAAUCGUUGUCUUCGCUGAAGAUUGACGACACGCCGGUUGAUGAUCCGUCUCUGAAGGUGCUGGUGGCCAACAACAGUGACACUCUGAAGCUGCUGAAGAUGAGCAGCUGUCCUCAUGUCUCCCCAGCAGGGAUCCUAUGUGUGGCAGACCAGUGUCACGGCCUGAGAGAGCUUGCACUAAACUACCACCUCUUGAGUGAUGAACUCCUGCUGGCCCUGUCCUCUGAAAAACACGUCCACCUGGAACACUUGCGUAUCGACGUGGUGAGUGAGAACCCCGGCCAGCACUUCCACACCAUCAAGAAGACUAGCUGGGACGCCAUGGUGCGCCACUCGCCCAAAUUCAACCUGGUUAUGUACUUUUUUCUCUAUGAGGACGAGUUUGACCCUUUCUUUAACGAGGAGAGCCCGGUCACGCACCUCUACUUCGGUCGCUCGGUCAGUAAAGAGGUCUUGGGCCGCGUCGGCCUCCACUGCCCUCGUCUGGUGGAACUGGUGGUGUGCGCCAACGGCCUGCGUCCCCUGGAUGAGGAGCUGAUCCGCAUCGCCAAGCACUGCACUCAGCUGUCAGCCAUCGGCCUGGGCGAGUGCGAGGUUUCCUGCAGUGCAUUUGUGGAGUUUGUCAAGAUGUGUGGCCGGAGGCUUUCCCAGCUCUCCAUCAUGGAGGAGGUGCUGAUUCCAGAUCACAAAUACUCCCUGGAUGAGAUCCACUGGGAGGUUUCCAAGCACCUGGGCCGGGUCUGGUUCCCAGACAUGAUGCCGACCUGGUAAAGUGAAGCCUAAGAGGCACACAGUACGUCUAGUUGGUGGUGUGAUACGUUCAUGGCCUCCAUGUUUGCAUAGAAAAGCCUUUAAAUGCUCAGCUGUAGUGGAAUGUUUGGUGCCAACAUGGAGAGCAUAAACCUGUUGAACUCCGGUGUGGAGUGCAGUUCAGGGAAGUGAUGUGGCAGCUGACUGCUACACAAUGUUAUCAUGUCAUGCAAACACCCUAAAAAUCUCUGCCUGUUAGCUUCACAAUAGACUGUGGAACCGCACUUUGCCUAAUCUGGAGACAGAACUCGCCAGGCCGACGGCGCAUAUUAAACAAUCAGCACACAGAAUAGAGCAGAAGGAAGCCUGGUUAUAAUGAGUUUUAUUAUGAGAGAUGUGUGUGUGUGUGUGUGUGUGUGUGUGUGUUUGUGAACGUAUGCAUAUGUGAGCGUGUGUUUUUAUUGUUUUUUUAACAUUGUGGAUUCAUUUGGGACAAUCAGGUGCUCAAUUGCAUGUUGUUACACUACCACUUGGCCUAUUUAAACCCAGUCUGAGAUCGCAGCUCUGCACUUUUAACUAAAUACGCCAGUGGAGGUUUCCAAAUGGCUGCAAUGCUAUUUGUGCAGUAUGUGACAGAAGGUGUUUUGUCAGGUUUAACCGAGGGGUUUAGUUUAUUUGCACAAUUAUUAAGAUACAAAUACAUACAAUAGAAAAAACUGUAAAUAAGAGGAAGGAAGCCUGGAAGGUUUAUUCAGAGUCCUCCCGUCUUUGAACAUUUUUUAAAAAUGACAUCAAAGACGAAACAAAACAAAGAAAACAUAAACCAAACAAAUAAAGAACACAUGGCACAAAGAAAAUCUAUAUACACAAAACUCACAAGCAAGCAUAUACUGUAGUAAAAAGAAACCAGAAUAAAUGGGUAUGUACAACCAACAGAAACAUCUGGCUUUGAAACAAGACAUUUCUUUAACUGUCCUAACAGCUGUCAAGGAAGAUAACGAAUUCAGUGUCAAGGGGGAGGAAUUACUUCAUUUUGCAGAUGAAUUAAAUGUAUUCAUAAAGAGCAGCAGCAGUGUUGACGACGUCUUGCUUUUCCUCCUCGCUCGACUUAAAGCAUCUACUAAAAGAAAACACGAUUGUUGAAAAUGUUAGAAGUUGGCCAAGAGAGAAAAUGAAAUGUCUAUUUUUGUAACGUGAAAGUGUGCAGUGUUGAUGGACGUCAUGGAUUUUUAUUUUCUCUAAAUUAUCCAAGAGUUUUUACUCUGCAUCGUGCAUCAAUUGGCUUGACAACAUUUUUAAAGAGUUUUAAAGAAGGUUUAUAUACAGUCACAGAUUUACCUAAGCACCUUAAAUGAAUACCAAAUGUAGACGGGACCAAACGAGUCCUUUUGCCCUAAUGAAAGCAACGAAAGAAUCUUUAUAAUGACCCAGAUUCUAAUGAUAAUUUACACUGUACUGGGGUUCUGUUGAAUCAGACAGAAUAUUGAUGUAAAUCGAUAUUUACUAAUAAAAAAACCCCAGAAAUAUCAUGUGUAAGUAUAGAUGGUGCACAGAAGUGUCUGAAUUUUGAGGUAGAAAUUGGAGAGAUUGCUUCGUAAUAAUUCAGUAGACUUUUCUCUGCGGCUAGUAGCUUACAAUGCAUGCUGGGAAUGCAAAAUGAACUCACUGUGUCUUUUCAAGUGCAUUUAAUUAAUAUAUUUCCUUAAAUAUGUUUCAUUUGUCUCUUUUUGCCCGUUCAAGCUCUAAACCGUGGCUCUAUGUUGUGAGUAUUUGCCCACGUUUGCUUUGUUAGGCUUUACAUCGUACAUACAAGAGAGGAUGAGUGGAAUAAACUUUUUUUUUUCCUUUAAGAAGGAAGUCAAAUGAAUCUCUAUAUAAAACGCUAUGUGUUUUACUAUUAAUAGGAAAGUACUUGUUUCUUUCUCGCCCUAUGUCAGGGUAUGAAGUUUCCUUAACCAACAGCUCGUGUCUUUUAUAAAAACCAGAGUGGGAGGUCAUCCUUUACUAGAUGGAUCUUUGUCAUGCUGUUGUUAUUACGCUGUGUAAUUUAUUCAUAUGGAUGCUGCUUCGAGGUAAUUCAUUUGUGUUUGUUUGAAGAAAAUGUGAUAAUUAAUUUAACAUCAGAAAACACUUUUUUCAGACUUAAAAAAAGAAGAAGAAAUAAAAUGGAUUUGAAGAAAUCUGCAGAAACGGGUCAACCAAAUACUGAGAAAUAGCGAGCAAAGUUGCAAUCGAACCAAUAAGUGUCAUUAAGAGAUUUCAUUAGAAGAGAUAUAAUUUCACAAAAUAUGUAUUUUUUACGUUUCAGUAUUGGAAUAAACGUUUGGACAGAUUUUAUUUUUGUUUUUCUGCCCGACUUCAUUCCUGUUAUGUGUCGUAUUAGACAUUUCAUGUAAACAAACAUUAUUGUAAAACUGAGACGCUUGUUGCAGGAAGUGCAAACGCAUCUUAGUCUAUUGAUUAGUGUCGGUCUCUUAUAUCACUGACGUUAGACACCUGUGCUGAUUGUCUUUAGUGCAUUAGCAUCUCUCGUACUGUAACAUAUCUCCUAAUUUAUUUUUCAUUAUUUGUGCAGUGCAUUAAACUGUUGCCGUGACGGCAGCUCUAAAGUGAAGAUUAUGUCUCAAUAAUGUUCUGGUUUUAAUCAUUUUCAUGUCGUCUUUAUUGGAAAUUUCAGUUGGAUGCUGAGUACAGAUAAAAUACAUCAUUAAGAUGCCUCUUGUCAGUAAUUGUUGUUCUAACUUGAUUUGUUCAAAGUCCUCCAGUAAGUUUUAUUGUAUUAUUUUAAGUGUAAACUGGUGUUGACGAUGCUGUCCUUCUUAGUUCUGCUUCUGUAGGGCAAAUGCUUUGUCUACUUUGCUUAACUGGUCAUCUGUUUCAAAACUGAAAUGAUUGUUUUGGAAAUGUGAUCUUAAACCAGUAAAUAAAAAAAAUUGUGAAUGUA